AUGUCCGACUACAACUCCAUCUUCCAGCAUGCCUGGUACAACAGCAACAACCUGAACGCGGUCAUGUACGGAAUUUAUCUCUGCCUCAACGUCCUCACCAUCCACUUUGCCCUCCGAGGCCGCCGCCGGGCGUCCCAGAAAGACCCGCGCUCAAACAUGCUCUUUAUCGCGUUCAGCGUAUUCUUGCUCGUUUUCAUCACCAUGUGGGGGUGUAUCCAUAGCGUCUUCUCAGAGCUGAUGUGGAUUACGAAUGCCAAUUACCCCGGUGGGUCCGGUAAAUACUGGAUGGACUUCGCCUCCGUAUGGUACCAGGGGCUGGCCAUCUCAGCAUCAGUCACGAUUAUCGCUGGCACCGACGCAUUCCUGGUGUACCGACUGUAUGUCGUCUGGGGGUUCAAUAAGCCAAUAGUCGCCGUGCCUUGUGUUCUGUACCUCGCAAGCGUCGCCCUCGGCAUCUGCACGGCCGUCUCCUCGGCACUUCCAGACGCUGUGUUCUUCAACGGGACCUCCGCCCGAAUCGCGCUGGCCUACUCUGCGGUCAGCAUGGCCCUCAAUGUGCUGUGUACCACCUUCAUCUGCGCACGCAUGAUAUGGAUGGCUCGAGAGAUGGGAGACCUGCUCGGUGCCGACGUCACUCGCACUUACACCACCGCCGUGGCGGUCAUCAUCGAGAGCAUGCUCCCGUACACGAUCGCAGCCGUGGGCUACCUCGUCACUCUGGGCGUGCACAGCCCGCUCGCGAUAUUUUUCCUGUCGCCGUACGUGAUGUUCUCGGUACUCUCUCCGCAGAUGAUCAUGCUCCGCGUCCUUAUGGGUCGCGGCAUCUCAGCGGAGACAAACACGAAGGGCGUGAGCAGCGUGCGCUUCCGCGGUACCGGUGCUCCGGACACGCGGAUGACCUCGGAUGAGACUGAGGAGGGGUCGGCGGCGGCGAUGGAACACACAGCCAUCCAGCUACCUAGCCUAUCUAAGUCUUCGCUACCCCAGACCAAGUUGACGCAGAUAAUGUAG